GAAGACACUGGCUGAACGAGCGCACUCAUCCACAUCCUCCGGGAAAUAUGCAUGCUAACGUGCUGAGUUGGUUGGGCAGCCUGUGGGUCGUGCUGUGGGCGCUGCUGUGCCUCAGUGCCCUAGCGGAGGGAUACCCCAUUAAACCCGAGAACCCCGGGGAGGACGCACCGGCAGAGGAGCUUGCCAAGUAUUACUCCGCUUUGAGACACUACAUCAACCUCAUCACGAGACAGAGGUAUGGGAAGCGUUCCUCUCCGGAGCUCCUGGACACACUGAUCUCUGAGCUGCUGCUGAGGGAGACCACAGACACACUGCCACAGUCCAGAUAUGACCCGUCCCUAUGGUGAUUGACCCCGCCCUCACGCUGGCCCCGCCUCCAUGCUGCUGACCUCCUGACCUCUCACCUGACCUCUCGUGCGACCUCUCGUGUGACCCCUAUGUGACCCCUGUGUGAACCUGCUCCAAUCCAGUCCAGUCCAUGCUUAUGGGACGUCCCACCUGCCCUGUACAUAAGGCCCCGCCCCCUGAGACUGAGGGGUGUGUCCUCUCUGUGUUCUCAUGUGAACAAUAUUAAAGAGUCUCUGUUU